ACCGUAGGCUACGUCAGAAGUAAAUAAACAUACUAAGGUUGGUUGAUAGCCUCAGCUAGCAGACACUCGGAGCUAACAUGGCGUUUACUCUCUACUCGCUCAUUCAAGCCGCAGUUUUGUGCGUGAAUGCCGUGGCGGUGUUACACGAAGAAAGGUUUUUGAGUAAAAUUGGCUGGGGAGUGGACCAGGGUGUGGGAGGAUUCGGUGAUGAACCCGGCGUUAAAGUGCAGAUGAUGAACCUGAUUCGCUCCGUGAGGACCGUAAUGAGAGUACCUUUAAUCGCAGUGAAUGCGGUCUGCAUGGUUUUGUUGCUGCUGUUUGGAUGAGAAAACAAGUCGGAAAAGCAGCACAGACCACUCAGGAAGCAGUUGACAUGUAGAAUGUUGCCCCCCGAAAACAUCACGUAAUAAGCCUUUUUUUUAUUGUGACGCCCUAAUUUGUCGUGCUUUUCACAAAGACAUGUAUCACAGUCCGUUUUGGGUUUCAGAUGUAAAUUAAGUGUGGAAAUAGUUGUUUCCUGUAUGAAUAGAAUAGUAAAGAGUUGAUUGAAACUG